AUGUAUUUGACUAAGCAGUUAUUAACUAAGUAUUUUCUGGAUUACUCCAAAGUAGCACUACCUGGAGAUUAUUUGGAAGAGGAGAAGGAAGAAGAUGAUGAUGAUGAAAAAACCACUAAUGUUGAACAAAAUCCUGGUCUCUCUAUCUUUUCUGUAACAAAUGAGGAUGAAAAUGCUGAGCAGCAGUGUAAGCCAACAGAAGUAUUUCCAUGUGAAAAUCAAGAUGGGAAUUCAAAGAUGUCUUCAUAUAGGAGUAGACAUUUAUUCACAAAGAGGUCAAGAAACUCUUCCACAGUGAAACUUGAAAUAAAACUUCAAGAAUCUGAUGAUGAAUGUGAUCUUGUCAUUGAUGUGCCACCACAAGCUGUUAAUAAAAAGCCAAGAAGAAGUAGGAACUAUACAAGUGGGAACACGGACAAAGAACUGGCUGCUGUAAUAGGUGCAGAAAACUUACAUGAUAGUGCUGGAGCAGACAUUCUUGGGUGUACAGAAGAAAAAUCAGAGAAAAUUAUCACUUUGCAGAUGAAUGGCAAAGGUUUAAAUAAAUCUGAAAAACUAGGCAAUGUUUCUCCAAAAGCAAAUGAGCCUAAUGUAAAUACUAAUAUAUUGAAGGUUUUGGAGGAAAGAGAUGCCCUUGCUUAUACUGCAGAGAAACUUAUAUCUUCCACUGCUUCUAUUGAGGCAGACAUGCAGAAGGGAAUUCUGAAGCAAGGGAAUGCAGAAACCAAUAUACUGGUCGAAGCAUUUGUUCAGGGGCAUGCUACUAAUGAAGACUGUGUGAGCAGUGGAAGAGUAACACAGUCUGUCUUGUGUACUGGUCACAUGUCAAAAGAUGAAACCACAAUUGAAAGACCUUAUAAGGAAAUAAUAAAUACAGAGGAAAGCCAGAGCAUAGAAGAAAAUGGGGGUAAUGAUAGCCCAGAAGAUACAUGCCCAUGUACAACUUCUUACUUAAACAAGAAAGAAAGUGAAGCAGGUCUGUGGAGUUCAUCUACUGAGGAAGCAGAACCCAGUGGGGAGGACACAGGGCUCUCUGAAUCAGAUGAUCCUUUAGAGGAGUGUCGGAGAAUUUUUGAUGAGUUUGAAAGAGAAGCACAGAAGAAGGAUGCUGAUAAGCAGGCCCUGAGAGAAGAGCAAUCUGUUUAUGAUCGUUGUGGCAGUAAAAAAAUGUACCUGAAUUUUGCUGUGAAGGCUCUCAAAAAGCUGAGAGAUCAUGGGCAACUUAGUAACAGCAGAUCUUCCAGUGGCGCUGGAUCCAUAAAGUCAGAGGAAGAGAAAGGUGGUGCUCUGUAUGAACUUCUAAAAGGUUAUCUUCUGACUGAGGAACAGUUGAAUGAAAAUAACUUCCCUCGACCAAAUCCUGAAAAAAAUGGUAGUGCUAUGCUUACUGGGGUUGUAAAAAAUGCUGGAUAUGAUGGUUUCAAAAGAGUGUGCUGUAGGUGUGGUGAAGUGUAUGCUGUUACUUCUUCAGGAGGAUAUACACGUGAAGAAGAAUGCAACUAUCAUUCUGGUAGAGUAUUGGAACAAAAAGUUCCUGGUGGCAUGGAAAAACACUAUAGCUGUUGUGAUAGAAUUGUUGGGUCUGCUGGAUGUCAGAUUGCAAAGCUUCAUGUUCAUGAUGGAAGAAGGGAGAAAUUGGAAGGCUUCAUGAAGACAUUAAUUAAAUCACCACCUUUUGAUGGAAACUAUGGUGUAUAUGCUCUGGACUGCGAGACGUGUUACACAACCCACGGCUUGGAACUAACUAGAGUGACAGUGGUCGAUGCUAAGCUACAGGUUGUCUAUGAUACGUUUGUUAAACCAGAUGGUAAAGUUGUAGACUACGAUAUAAGACUCUCUGGAGCCACAGAGGAUGAUCUGAAGAAUACCACAACAUCUCUUCGGGAUGUACAGGCAAUACUUCUAAACUUGUUCAGUGCAGAUACAAUUUUAAUUGGACACAGCUUAGAAAAUGGCUUAUUUGCUCUCAAGCUGAUUCAUGACAGAGUAGUGGACACGUCAAUAGUUUUUCCUCAUCGGCUAGGUUUGCCUCACAAAAGAGCACUUAGAAGUCUGAUGGCUGACUACCUCAGGAGAAUUUGUCAAGAUGAUGUUGAUGGUCAUAAUUCCAAGGAAGAUGCAAUUGCUUGUAUGGAACUAAUCCUUUGGAAGGUCAAGGAGGACAAGUUUGGCUCGCUGCUCUGUAGUGCUUCAGUACCAAUUAUUUUUCUGAUGUAA